CAGGUAUGUUUGCAGCACUGACUCGGCUCUCCGAGGAUCAGAGAGGAGCUAAAGGGUUCUGCUGGAGAACGUAACGAAGAACAACGACACAACCUGGUGUGUUGGUUCCACGGAAAGAGAGUCUAAACUAAGGAGCUUCUCGUCGUCACAGUUCAGGGAGAUGAAGCUGGAGGUGCAGAUCGAGCUGCUGAAGUUCUGCUGUGCAGUUUUUAACAUCCUCUUCCUGGUUCUGGGUCUGAUUGUAGCCGGAUGUGGAGUCUGGAUCCUGUUUGACAGUGGAAGCUUCCUGAACAUCCUCUCCUCUGAGGAGUUGCGUGUGGUGGCAGCAGGUCUGCUGUUGAUUGGUGGAGUGGUGGUGGCGGUCAGUGUCAUUGGAUGUGUUGGAGCUAACAACCAGAACAGACUCCUGCUGCUGGUGUACAUCGGCUUCCUCAUCGUCCUGGUCCUGGGUCAGAUGUUCGUCACACUGCUGCUGAUCCUUAACAGAGAGAAGAUUGAACGGAGUCUGACUGCAGCCGUGGAUCAGGUCAUCUUUGAGUACGGAAACAGCAGCAACCAUGUCGACACACUGCUGGACAACGUGCAGCACUAUGGGAACUGCUGUGGGAUGAGGGGCUCCAGUGAUUGGCUGAAGAACUCCUACAUCCAGAGUCUGAACCUGUCGAGUCCAGACGUGCUUCCAUGUUCCUGUUUCAUCUCGUAUCCCGCCGGCUUCAGCUCACCCUGGUGCUCCGAGCUCCUCAACUUCACCGAGCCGCUGUUUGGACGAGGAAACGGCACCUUCAGUGAGGGUUGCAGUCAGAAGCUCACUGAUUGGCUGCAGGAGAACGCAGUGACCAUCAUCGUCAUAGACUUCAGCCUCAUCUUGAUCCAGAUUCUUCAGUUCGCCGUCGUUGUGCACCUGUAUCGCGCAUUUGGUAAAAAAUCGGCUUUGAAAAGAUCCAGUUUGCUGGUUGACUACACCCCUAACGAUGACGUGGACUAUGGAGAGGAGAACUAUGCCUACGUAGAGCCUGAUGGUGGUUACGUAGACAUCAACAACGCAAACGUUGUAGGUCCCAACCACCCAGCCUACCAUCCUGACGACCAGAACCCCUACCAGGCAUACAGUGAACCGGCUUAUCGCUACUAGUCUGCUUUACCAAAAACCUAAACCUUUGGUUGGAAAAGAAAACUUCUGCUUCUGAACUGUUUCAGGGUGUUUUUGUGACCACCUAAACAACCUAAAGUGACCAUAAAGAAACCAUAGAGUCCUCCUGAUUCCCUGACUCAUUCACCAUCAGCAUCUUUUAAAGAACUAAUGAAACCUCUUUAAGGAUAUUUAAAGCUGUGAUGACAAGUAGUACACCUCUAUUGUUCCUGCAAUAAUCAUUACAAUCCCAUCAAUGACUAUAAUAAUGUACAACACAUCUAAUACUAUUUCAUCCUCGUUCUGCUGUCUAACAACAGAAAUACAAAAAUCUGUAAAUGAGAACAGCUGUAUUGUCAAUUCAGAGUAUUAAAAUGCAGAUUAUGUGAGCACAGAGAGCAGAAGAGAAGCUAACAAAUGUAAACAGCAGCUGAGUUUAGGGUGAACUGAAGCACAACGGAUGACAUGAAAACACGGUCACCCACCUAGUCCUUGUUUACUGGUUUAAAUUAAAGUUUCCACCAACUCUG